CACCUAUCAAAAUGGAAUUUGCAACGGAAUUUACAACUUGAUCUGAACACAAGAAGAAAGGUAAAAAUCACUCUCGAUGCUCCGCAGCUGGCAAACUCAUCUAAACUCCAAUUCUAUAAAAUUCGAAACAGAUCAUACCCUCAAUUUCCGUGUCUGCUAUGGCCGAUCGCACCACUACCCGAACAGUCCUCGAACCAUCACUCACCUUCGACCUCACCAUUCACUCUCACACUUACAUAAAAUCCAUUGCAAUUUCACCAAUCUCAACGAAUUCUCAAUGUUUCAUUUACUUAGGCACUUCAUCUGGUUCCCUUCUCCUGCUUUCCAUAUACCCAGAAAACGCAAAUGACAAAACCCCCACCAAAGACCCGAAAUCGACACUGGAUUUUGAUGUUUCGUUUCGAGAUGUUUCGCUGCUAAAAUCAGUUUCUUUUGGUGACUCGCCGUUAGACACGGUUCUCUUGCUUGAUGAGAGUGGAAAGGUUGCUGUUCUCUGUGAUGGUUUUUUGUUUCUGACGGAUUCGGGUUUGGUUCAACCCGUUAAGAAACUGGGGUUUUUGAAAGGGGUUUCUUUCAUCACUAAGAGAAUUAAGAGUAGUGAAUUGGAGUGUAGUGAUUUAUUCAGUGCUAGCAGUUUGGACGGUUCAAGUGCAAGUUCUCGAAUUUUGAGCAGAUUAGGAGGCGGGGUUAGAGCUAAUGGGGUUAAAGGUAAAGAUUCUGGGCUAAAAAGUGAGGGUGAUUAUGUUUUUGCUGCUGUGAUUGGGACAAAAAUGAUUUUAGUAGAGCUUAGAGUUGGUAAGAAUGAUAAGGAGGUUGAUUUUGCGGUUUUGAAAGAAAUGCAGUGUAUUGAUGGGGUUAAGACAAUAGUGUGGAUCAAUGAUUCCAUAAUUGUUGGCACGGUUAAUGGGUAUAGUUUGUUUUCGUGUGUUACUGGCCAAAGUGGGGUGAUUUUUACAAUGCCUGACGGGUCUAGUUUGGCAUUGCUUAAGUUAUUGCGGAAAGAAAAGAAGGCGUUGAUGUUGGUGGAUAAUGUUGGGAUUGUAGUUGAUGCCCAUGGGCAGCCAGCUGGAGGGAGUUUGGUAUUUCGUAAGGGUCCAGAUUCUGUUGGGGAGUUGGCUUCUUAUGUAGUGGUAGUGAGGGACGGGAAGAUGGAGUUGUAUCAUAAGAAAUCAGGUAGUCGUGUACAGACUGUUAGUUUUGGCAGUGAAGGAGUUGGGCCAUGCAUUGUUGCAGACGAGGAAAGUGGGAAUGGGACACUUGUUGCUGUUGCAACGCCCACCAAGGUUAUUUGCUACCGGAGAGUACCUACUGAAGAACAAAUCAAAGAUUUACUGAGAAAGAAAAAUUUUAAGGAAGCAAUCUCCAUGGUGGAGGAGCUUGAGAGCAAUGGUGAGAUGUCUAAUGAAAUGCUAUCCUUUGUUCAUGCUCAAGUGGGGUUCCUGCUGCUUUUUGACUUGCAUUUUGAGGAAGCUGUUAAUCACUUUCUACAAUCCGAGACAAUGCAACCUUCUGAAGUGUUUCCAUUUAUAAUGCGAGAUCCAAAUCGCUGGUCACUGCUGGUUCCUAGGAACCGAUAUUGGGGUUUGCACCACCCUGCUCCUCUUGAAGAUGUUGUUGAUGAUGGGUUGAUGGCUAUCCAAAGAGCUAUUUUCCUUAAAAAAGCAGGUGUGGAUACUACAGUCAAUGAAAAUUUUCUCUUGAAUCCACCAACUAGAGCUGAUUUACUUGAGUUGGCAAUAAAAAAUAUGAGCAGAUAUCUUGAGGUUUCUCAUGAAAAAGAAUUGACUUCUUCAGUGAGAGAGGGAGUUGACACACUUCUGUUGUACCUCUAUAGAGCCCUCAACCGUGUCAAUGAUAUGGAAAAGCUUGCAUCUUCUGGAAACAGCUGUCUUGUGGAGGAGUUAGAAACUCUGUUAGAUGAAUCUGGGCAUUCACGGACUCUUGCCUUCUUAUAUGCAAGUAAAGGGAUGAGCUCAAAGGCUCUUGCCAUAUGGUGUAUUUUGGCAAGGAAUUAUUCUUCUGGUCUAUGGAAAGAUCCUGCUAUGGAGCAUGAAUUACCGGAUGGCAAUACAAAUAUUAUCUCAGGCAGAGAGAUCGCUGCAACUGAGGCAUCAAAAAUUCUUGAGGAGCUGUCUGAUCAGGAUUUGGUUUUGCAACAUCUUGGUUGGAUUGCGGAUGUUAACCCAGUACUCGCAGUUCAAGUUUUGACAUCAGAGAAAAGAGUAAAUCAGCUUUCACCAGGUAGCUCUUGCAGUCCAUAUCUCCAGUGGUUGAUCGAAGAUCAAGACUCCUGUGACGCACAAUUCCACACACUGUAUGCACUCUCACUUGCAAAGUCAACAGUUGAAACCUUUGAGGUGGAAAGUACCUCCCAGGAUCCUGAUGAUGGAAGGCUAGAGGAAACAAAAAUUUCUGAUUUUGGAAGAAACUCAAUCUUUCAAAGUCCUGUGCGAGAAAGGUUGCAGAUAUUCUUACAGUCAUCAGACUUGUAUGAUCCGGAAGAGGUUCUUGACUUGAUUGAGGAAUCAGAGCUAUGGCUGGAAAAGGCUAUUCUAUACAGAAAAUUAGGGCAAGAGACUUUGGUGCUACAAAUUUUGGCCUUGAAGCUGGAGGAUAGUGAAGCUGCUGAACAAUAUUGUGCAGAGAUUGGCAGACCAGAUACCUAUAUGCAGUUACUUGAUAUGUAUUUGGAUCCACAAAAUGGUAAAGAGCCCAUGUUUAAUGCUGCUGUUAGACUUCUGCAUAAUCAUGGAGAAUCAUUGGAUCCUUUGCAAGUUCUAGAGACAUUGUCCCCAGACAUGCCCCUCCAACUUGCCUCGGAUACAAUAGUAAGAAUGUUGAGGGCUCGACUUCACCAUCAUUGCCAAGGACAAAUUGUGCAUAAUCUGUCCGGUGCUCUACAUGUUGAUGCAAAACUUGCAAGAUUGGAGGAAAGAUCACGAAAUGUUCAGAUAAAUGAUGAGAGUGUCUGUGAUUCUUGUCAUGCCUGUCUAGGAAUCAAACUGUUUGCAAUGUACCCUGAUGACACUGUUGUCUGUUACAAGUGUUUCUGUUGUCUUGGAGAGUCCACUUCUGUCACAGGUUGUGACUUCAAGCGAGAUCCUUUGUUCAAGCCAGGUUGGCUUGUUAACCGCUGAUCUAGAAAUGGUUUUUGCGUAUUGGGAUAAAAAAUGGUUUUUGAGUACACGAGAGUCAUAUACUCUAGUGACAUGAUGAUGCGAAUGUCAUCGCAGCUCCUCCUUUUCUUCCCCUUCCAUUUUGCGUGGGGGGAGGGGGGAGCUUUCUCGUAUAGGAGGAGGUCAGAUGUGUGUAUGAGCUACAGAUCUUGCUCCUGGUCAAGGAAGAAGGUAAUGAUGGCCUUCAUUUGUAGUUUACCUGGUGUAGGGCUCUAUUAUUGUAUACCAUUGAUGAUAAUUUUUUACUGAUGUUCUCUUUUGUGCCUUCUGGUUAAAUCUGAGAUUGUUUUGAAGUCGA